UCUCACCAACUCUCUUCUUUCCGCCCACUGCUUUCAGUAGUUAGUGUUACCCUUCACAGAAAGCAACAUAGGAAAGAAAAGUAGAAAACACACUUUCUCUCUCUCUCUCCCUCUCUCUCGCGUUCGCGAUGGAACAACCUCAUACCUCGUCACUUCACGUGGAGACAGAAGCACCUGAACCUAGUCCGCUCCGAAAAAUGGUGGCCGUGUCGUCAAUCGCGGCGGGAGUCCAAUUUGGGUGGGCCCUACAACUGUCUCUCCUAACUCCCUACGUUCAGACGCUGGGCGUCCCUCACGCGUGGGCCUCCUUCAUCUGGCUCUGCGGCCCAAUCUCGGGCCUGGUGGUCCAGCCCAUUGUGGGCUACACCAGCGACCGCUGCACCUCCCGCUUCGGCCGCCGCCGCCCCUUCAUCCUCGCCGGCGCCCUCGCCGUCGCCCUCGCCGUCUUUCUCAUCGGCUACGCCGCCGACAUCGGCCACGCCGCCGGCGACGACAUCACCAAGAAAACCCGCCCCCACGCGGUCGCCGUCUUCGUCGUGGGCUUCUGGAUCCUCGACGUCGCCAACAACAUGCUCCAAGGCCCGUGCCGCGCCUUCCUGGGCGACCUCGCCGCCGGCGACCACCGCAAAACGCGAACCGCCAACGCCUUCUUCUCCUUCUUCAUGGCCAUCGGCAACGUCCUCGGAUACGCAGCGGGCUCAUACGACAAGCUCCACCGCGUUUUCCCCUUCACGGAAACCUCCGCGUGCAACGUGUUCUGCGCCAAUCUCAAAAGCUGCUUCUUCUUCUCAAUCUUCCUCUUGCUCGUUCUCAUCCUCAUCGUCUUGGUCACCGUCAACGACCCCCAAUUCACGCCCAACCAGGCCAUCCAAAACGACGACGUCGCAGCGCUGGGGUCACGGUUUUCGUGCUUCGACCAGGUGGUGGGCGCGUUUAAGGACCUCAAGGGCCCCAUGUGGAUGCUGAUGCUGGUCACCGCUGUCAACUGGUUCGCGUGGUUCCCCUACGUGCUCUUCGACACCGAUUGGAUGGGCCGCGAGGUGUACGGUGGCGACGUGGGCCAGACCGCAUACGAUAGAGGCGUGCAUGCGGGCUCAUUGGGCCUCAUGCUAAACUCCGUCGUUUUGGCUCUCAUGUCGCUCGCGGUUGAGCCCCUCGGUCGUCUCGUUGGCGGCGUUAAGUGGCUUUGGGGAAUCGUUAACGUUGUUCUCGCCGUUUGCAUGGCCAUGACGGUCGUUAUCUCCAAGGCUGCGGAACACGAACGCCGUCACGGCGUUCCCGUUGGGUACCCUUCACUCGGUGUCAGAGCUGGUGCAUUGACUUUCUUCUCCGUCCUCGGAAUCCCUCUCGCCAUUACUUACAGCGUUCCAUUCGCUCUGGCAUCUAUAUAUUCCAGCACAUCAGGGGCAGGCCAAGGGUUAUCUCUGGGUCUCCUCAAUGUGGCAAUUGUCGUGCCACAGAUGAUAAUAUCGGGAAUAAGUGGACCGAUUGACAAAAAGUUUGGUGGAGGCAACUUGCCGGCGUUUGUGUUGGGCACGGUGGCGGCCGCCAUCAGCGCCGUCUUGGCGAUUGUUCUUCUGCCGACUCCGAAGCCGCCGGCCGAUGGGGACAAGGUUGCCGCCAUCCCCGCACCACCGAGUUUCCAUUAGUGUAUAGGAGCUUUACAUGUUUCACCUUUCUUUGUACCUUGGUUUGGAGACUUUUUUAUUUGAAGGAGGUGCAUGUGUAAUAGUUAGGUAUGUUAGACUCAUCAAAUAUGGUUUCUUUGUUGUUUUUGCUAUAUAAAUGUGUAAGACAAAGUCGUAUUCCCGGUGAUGCUUGGUUGGUCUAACAUGACAGAUUCUCAAAAGUUUGAUGAUCUGAACCAACUACAAAGGAAAUAUAUAUAUAUAUCUUUAAAACCUAUAA